AUGCCUCCUUACAUCUCUAUGCCGAAGAUACAGUUUAUUGUCGAGCGCACGCCGCUCGGAAAAGUUGGCAGUAAAGUUCGAGGGUUCGCCUCCACGUCCGUCCACCAGGUGGCGCAGCUCAGGGGAGGCUCAGUCCGCAGGCAGACCGCACUCACUCCGACACUCUUCUCGUAUAAUGAGCUGAAUCUGUCCCGGGACAGACCAGGGAACAUGGCGGCCACUGACCAUUCCCGGUCGGAAGCUGCCAAACAGCGACGGCGGGACCAGCUCCAGCGUUGGCUGGGCUCCGAGACGAACCGGACGGCGCCGGAGGCCCGGCAGACCAGCUCUUCCUCUUCCGGCGGCUCGGGGACGCGGCGGGCCAAAGUAAGAUUCGCCCAAGGAGCGGUGUUUAUGGCCGCUUGCUCCGCCGGAGACCGAGAGGAGGUGGCAGCGCUGCUCCGGCAGGGAGCGGACAUCAACCACGCCAACAUCGACGGACUGACGGCGCUUCACCAGGCCUGUAUAGAUGAAAAUGCAGAGAUGGUUCAGUUUCUGGUGGAAAACGGGAGCGACAUCAACAGAGGGGACAACGAGGGCUGGACUCCUCUGCACGCUGCAGCCUCCUGUGGUUUCAUCCAGAUCACCAAAUACCUGGUCGAACACGGUGCUAACGUCGGGGCGGUGAACAGCGAAGGAGAACUUCCUCUGGAUGUGGCCACGGAAGACGCCAUGGAGAGGCUCCUCAGAGCAGAAAUCAAGAAACAAGGUAUAGAUGUGGACAAAGCUCGAAAAGAAGAGGAGAGGAUCAUGCUCCAGGAUGCCACAGCGAUGAAGGAAGGUGGGGACCGUCUGAGGCCUCACCCUAACACCAAGGCAACGGCUCUGCACGUCGCCGCCGCCAAAGGUUACAUCGAAGUCCUGAAAGUACUGUUACAGCUUGGGGUGGAUGUGGACAGCAGGGACAUAGACUGGUGGACGCCGCUGCACGCAGCAGCUCACUGGGGGCAGGAGGAGGUGUGCACCCUGCUCUCGGACCACAUGUGCGAUAUGGCUGCAGUCAACAAUGUGGGACAGACGCCUUUAGAUGUUGCUGAUGAGAACCUUGUGGACGCUCUGGAGGAGCUGCAGAAGAAACAGAACGCUUUACGCAGCGAGAAAGAGAAACAGACUCCUGUUAUUGAGAUCAGUCUGCCACUCUCCAUGGUAUCGGUUCGCUCACGCAG